AACAAGACGACGGUUUUAUGCAAAAGAGUCUGUGUGCGUGCAAUAAAAAAAGAAGUGUCAGAUUUUUAAUAAUAGUUGCUGAUCUAAAUUUAUCAGGUUUACGAGAACUGUUUUGCCCCGUGUCCAUGUGUUAAUAAAUUUAGAGACUUGUGACAGAAAAGAGUUGAAAAAAAGAAGAAAACCAAGUACCAGGAAAUGUAGAGAGUCCUACGUUAUCAAAUAAUUAAUGACACGCAAUUUCGUGCGAUUACGCUUUUUUAAUUUAAUACAUUUCAUAAAAAGUUCAAGAUUUAUCCCAAUUGAAAAUGGAACAUGAUCGUCAAAUGCGAAAUACGAGGUCACGUUCAUUAACACCACAAGUUUUGAGUCAAAAUAUCGACUCGGAAACAACAGAUCAUCACUAUGAUCUGAGAAAAAGAAGUCGUGAACGAUCUUAUACCCCCGGGGAGGUCUCCAGCAGCAGAAGAUCAAGUUCAAGAUCACUAACAGUGAAUGCAAAGAAUCAGGAGCAAAACAUGGAUGUGAUAGAAGAGCGAGAGGACGAAUUUGAAACACAGAAAGAAAUUCAGGAGAAUGUCACUGGAAAGAAAUCCACACGACGUUCUGAGCGGCAGCGAGUUAAGAGACAAACUGUCUCUAAUGGUCAGAAUGAAGUGAAGGAUAAUGCAGCAAAUGCAAAAAUUGAGCGCAAAAGAAAGAGUGUAACGCCAAAAAAAAUGCUAACCAGUGAUUAUUCCUCGGAGGAUGGCGAACGAGAGGAUCCUCCAAGUCGUCCUGGAUCUGCAUACGAAAUUUAUAAAAAAGCCGGUGAAUGGUGGAAUGUAUUUCCUAAAACUGAUUACACGUAUUCUCGUGCAUCGCAAUGUCGUUACGAAAUAGCUCCAGGCGUUUUGGCUAUGCCUAAUAUGUCCCGGCGUUCCAUUCAUUCUGAUUGCAGUAGCACGCACGGCAGUUCGAUAUCAAACAGUCAUCAAAGUUUAAAUCUCGAGACUGGCGAACAUAGUGGUGGCGAUAUUGUCGAUAUUUCCUCAAUUAAAGAGGAUAACAUGAGAAUGGAAAAUGCUUCUCAUGUCUUUAAUCAGGCGCACACCUCAGAUUUUGCAGGGAAAUCCGUUAUUUAUAAAAGAACUCACGUUGAACAAUACACAUCACAUCGAGAAAUAGUUUAUGAUUCUAACCAAUUAUCACCUCAUUUAUCACCAAUUCUAUCUCCCGAAGAGAGGUAUAAAUCAAAUGAAACUUUCAUUGCACGUAAAUAUGGUCAUUUAUCACAAGGAGAAUCCGAUACAGAAUUAGAUGAAGCAAUCACUAGAACAACGACAGUGAAUUCAAAUAGAACUUCAAGAAUUUCAAAUAUAUUUUUGAAAAUCAUAUCAAUUAUCACGACAAUAUUUUACGGGACAUUAACUUUUGCUACUUUAGGAGUCUUUAAAAAAAAGGAACAAUCUGCUAGUCAUAACUAUCAACAAUAUCAAGAAUCAAACUGGAGUCGAUUGUGGAAAACGCUUGAUCGUGUUUUUGAGAAAGUUUAUUUAUUUUUAGUCAAUAUGAUGUUAUUAGAUUCGUGGUUUUUAAGUCGAAUAAUGAAUACAAGACAACGUGUGCAGGGAAGACGUAGAAAACUUUUCUUCAUUAUUCUCUUGCCUCUUCUCCUUUUGGCUGGAUUCUGGUGUUUACCACGAUUGAUGCCAGUUUUUACGAAACAAACCGAAGAAAUAGUGCCAUCAUUGCAUAAUACGGCGGAUUUGAAAGGAUUUGUCAUCGAUACAUCCCGAGAAAAUGAAUUGAGAUCACUUCUUCAAAUACUGACGGAGAAAGUUCAACGACUUGAGAGGAAAGACAUUUUGCAAACUGAACAUUUGAAAAACGUAACACAAGUGAUUGAAGAUCUAAGGAAGAAUGACGAUAGUAUAUGGAGUAAAUAUGACAAAAAACUAACUGAUUUGGAAGAACAUUUUCGUCAGGAUGUGAAUGAAAAAAAUUAUGAGACCAUCAGCGCAAUGAAAGUGGAAUUUGAAGCACUUCGCGACAAUUACUUUCAAUUGAAGUCCUGUUGUGAUUCAAAUGUUCCGACUUUGACUGACGAGAAAAUUGAUAGUCACAUCGAUAGGCUUCUAGCUGGAUAUUUCGGUAGUUCAACUUCAAAGGAAGAAUUGUCAAGAGUCAUUCAAAGUUUACUAUUGAUACGGGAAAAUGAUAAUAUGCAAAAGGAAAAUCUAAAAGAAUCGGAAGUAGAGAGAAUUAGUGGCAAUCUAUCAAUGGAGGACAUGAGAAAAAUCGUUAAAGAAGUACUCAAGAUUUAUGACGCUGACAAAACGGGAAGAGUUGAUUAUGCAUUGGAAACAGCAGGUGGUCAAGUGAUCAGUACACGAUGUACACAAGGAUAUAAUGUUAAAACGAGAGCUUAUAAGCUCUUUGGUUUAACCUUGUAUUAUGAAAGUAACGAUCCUCGAACUGUGAUACAGGGAAAUACUUUACAACCUGGCGCGUGUUGGGCUUUUCAAGAUUUCCCUGGCUAUUUAUUAAUUAAAUUACGCAACUUUAUUUACGUCACUGGUUUUACAUUGGAGCAUGUACCGAAAUCAAUUUUACCAAAUGGAGAUAUGAGAAGUGCACCGCGCAAAUUUAACGUUUGGGGAUUGAAGCAUGAGAACGAUUUGGAACCCGUUAUGUUUGGAGAAUACGAGUUUCUUGACUCUGAAGAUAAUUUACAAUAUUUCCCUGUUCAGAAUACGACGAUAAAGACAAAUUACGAUCAUGUGGAGUUGCGAAUACACAGCAAUCAUGGUCAACUUGAGUACACUUGUUUAUACAGAUUUCGAGUCCAUGGACGAAUAUUGUGAAAAGAUGACAUUUUUUGAGAUGAAGACGAAGGAAAGUUCCAUUAUUUCUUAUCUAGUGAUGAAAGUAAGCAGCUUUAUAUUGUCAUUUGAAAAGAAAAAACCAUCGUGCCUUUGGCUGCAGUAUUUAUUGUUGUUCCUCACCGCCAAAUGAGAGUGAGAUGUAAAUCGCACAGAAUUUUUUCGCACAUAAGAUAUUUUUUUUUGUCUCUCUUUGAAUAUGAAAUAUGUGCGAUUCAUUUUUUAAGAUAAGAAAGACGAUUUCAGGGCUUAAGCGUAUAGUGUAAAAAUAAUGUAUUUUUGUAAAAAAAAAAUAAUAUUCCUUUCAGGAUUGUUCUUAUAUACGAAA